UUACCCUUUUUUUCAAAAGUUACUUCCCCUGUUUGCAAACAGGAAGCCGACAGGAGUAACCAACCUUGGCAUUGACAGCGUCCUUGACCUUAGUGAUUUUUGACAGUCUGAUCUUGGAAGUGAUUUCUUCACCAUUAAGCGUGCUUUCUCGGUUGGCCAAGCAUUAAAGACAAAUUUUAAAAUGUCUGCCAAAUUCCCUCAGUACUUGACACCAGAGCAGGAGGAUGAACUUCGCCAGAUAGCCAAUGCAAUUGUAGCCCCUGGCAAGGGAAUUCUAGCUGCUGAUGAGUCAACAGGUUCCAUGGGAAAACGUCUUGGUCCAAUCAAUGUGGAGAACACAGAGGAGAACAGGAGACGAUACCGUGAAGUGUUGUUUACCAGUGAUGCCGUUGUUGCCGAAAACAUCAGUGGUGUCAUCAUGUUCCAUGAAACAUUCUACCAGAAAACCAAAGACGGUAAACCAUUUGUUAAGCUUCUCCAAGAAAGAGGAAUCAUUCCAGGCAUCAAGGUUGACAAGGGAGUUGUCCCCCUUCUUGGCACAGAUGAUGAAUGCACAACACAAGGUUUGGACGGUUUGUCUGAAAGAUGUGCCCAGUACAAGAAAGACGGUGCACAGUUUGCUAAAUGGAGAUGUGUAUUGAAGAUUGGACAGUACAACCCCACAUACCAGGCCAUGUUGGAAAAUGCCAAUGUCCUUGCUAGAUAUGCUAUGAUCUGUCAACAGAAUGGUUUAGUACCAAUUGUUGAACCUGAGGUAUUACCUGAUGGAACACAUGACCUGAGAACUGCAAGAAAAGUCACUGAGCAGGUGCUCGCUUUCCAAUACAAAGCUCUUGCUGAUCAUCAUAUUUUCCUGGAAGGAACUCUUCUUAAACCCAACAUGGUGACCCCAGGACAGAGCUGCCCAAACAAGGCAACAGCAGCUGAAAUUGCUAAAGCCACAGUUACAGCAUUGAGCCGCGCUGUGCCACCAGCAGUUCCAGGAAUCACAUUCUUGUCUGGAGGUCAGUCAGAAGAGGAUGCAUCCAUCAAUCUGAGCGCCAUCAAUGCUUACUCCGGACGCAAACCAUGGGCAUUAACCUUCUCUUAUGGUAGAGCUUUGCAGGCUAGUGUUUUGAAAGCUUGGCAAGGAAAAGAUGAGAAUGUCAAAGCCGCACAAGCAGAAUUGUUAAAGAGAGCAAAGGCAAACGGUCUUGCUUCACUCGGACAGUACAAGGGGGAUAUUGCCAGUGCAGCAGCCGACCAAUCGUUAUUUGUAGCUAAGCACGCUUACUAGAGACAUUGAACAAAUAAAUGUUAAAGAUAAUAUCAACACUUUGUUAAAGACUUAAAUUAUGAAGUCAGUUAAGAAAUAGUGAAGAAUUUUGACAUUUUUAAUUGUUGUUUUUUUUUAAAAUGCUUUGUUAUGAAUUUCCGCUUUUUUCCAGUAUAUACAUGUACAGUACUGUAACAUUGGUCUAGAAUUACUUUCACCUGUUUAUUAUUGUUAGAUCAACUCUUUAAAAAAACAGUAUUUUAUUAUUUUUAUCUGUGUCUGUGUUUUAUAUUUAUUUUUU